CAAACUUGCACAAUAGCCUCUCCUCCUAUUUUCAACAUUCAUAAGCAAAAUGCUAGGUAAAAAGAUGGUAUCAUUGAAGAAACUAGCCAAGAAGGUAAAGUCUAGUAGUAGUGGUGGAGGUGAAACUAACAAUGACCCUCCACAUCAAGAAUGUUUGUUGAAGGGAUAUGAAGAAGAGUUAUGUACAAGCACAACUCCAACUGGCUAUUUUGCACUUUAUGUUGGUGAUGAGCAUCAAAGAUAUGUGGUUCCAACAAGCUAUCUUUCUCACCCUUUAUUCAAGAUGCUGCUUGAGAAAUCUUACAAUGAGUUUGGUUUUCAGCAGAGGAAUGGUUUGGUUGUUCCAUGUAGUGUGGAUGCAUUUCAAGAGGUUGUAAAUGCUAUCGAAUCUAACAAUGGCAAGUUUCACUUAGGCAAGAUUUUUCAUGAUUUUGUUUAAUCUUUGGUUAGUGUUGAAUGCAUUGGAGUUAUCUUAUCUUUUAUGAUCAGAAAGAAUUCAAUUUGACUUAGAAAUUAUAGGUAUUAUGACCGUUUACCGUUUAUACACGAUGUAACGGCAGAGCCUAUUGACGAUAGAGGAUCCAAACUGGUGUAUCAAAGUUAGGUUUAAUUUCUAUAUAAGCUAUUUUGCUGUAAGAAAAUUAUCAAUUAGGAGUAAUUUGACAGGUAAACAAUUGAUG